AUACUCAGCCAUCCCUUCCUUCGCAGCAAGAUCACACCUAUGGCUGACGUGAAGUGUCCCGCGGCGUAUGCGCGGUUUUCGUCGCUGCCGCAGGAGCGGAAUGACACGCUGCCCGAUGUUCCUGGUAAGUGUGAUGGAAAGCACAGAGAGUCGCAAUCCUGAGGCGAGACUCAUCUCCACGCCUAUUCUUCGACCGCACGCAGACCGAGAAAUCUAGAUACGGAGGUUUCAGCUAUCGACACAACACGCCGAGCACUCGAAGGCUUGAAAUGCUGCAUUGCCGAAGACGCUCCACUAUUCGGCAAAGAGGCAGGCUACGGAGACUGUCUCCCUCGUGCUCUUCAAGAUCGAGGACACGGACGAGCUCGCAAGGUCGAUCAGGAGGCUAUACGGCAACGGAUUCGGCCUGUCUGAGGACCAUCUCGCUCGGGCAAUACUGCAUCAUAUGGAGCCCAUCAUCGCCGCCUCCAACCGCACGUGCCGCAAGAACGCCGCCUACAACGGCAUUGUUAACAAGGAGCUUGGCAGGCCGGCGGCAGGUACGGUCGGCCUCAACAGUACCACGUGCCUGCUCUCCGCCAUAGGCCUUCACUGUUGGUACCACCAGCGGCACAGUCUCCGUCGCUGCGGCGACGUGGCCGGCUGCCAGGGUGCCGGUGCACGCCGAAGCCCGUACGCAGCGGAACGCCGAGGCGGACAAGGAGGCUUUCGUGGCAUUGUGGAGGAAAGGGGGAUGCGGGUUACGCUGACGGAGAUGGCCAGGCACGCUGCGGGUAGGGUGGUGUACCUCUACCUGCCGUACUGGCUGGUAGAGCAGCAGAUGUCCUGUAUCAAGCCGUCGGCGGACGUCCUGGACCAGGUCCCUGCCCUACCAGCGCGCUGCAAGGGAGUGCUCGAGCAGUUGCCGCGGCAUGCCACCCCGCCCAACACGAUGGGGUCGCUGGAGGCGUACCUGUUCUCCGAGCGGUGGGAUCUGGUGCUCGCCGUCCGUCGAGGGCAAGAAGGCUUCGCUGACCUGGUAUCACAGCUUUAUGAUGCCGGACAGCGCGAGCAACCUCGUCAGGACAUUGUCGCAGUACGCGGGAGUCGCCGAUCUCAGGAGCGUACCGCUGCCUCUUCCGUCCGCCGCCCCAAGCGCGCCCUCACCAUCGCCACGAUCCAUCAUUGCUGGUCUCGAGCCUCAGCCCUCGGACUGGAGCAAGAAUCGUUUCACUUGCUGCUCAUUGACUAAAUAUGGACAUGCCGGUGCGGCGGCAGCACACUCAUGAUGCAGGAUGGUAGCUUGGAUGCGUACAUCUCCUGCGCCUAGCGUCGUGUCGAGUCUCAGUAGAAGUGCAGGGAUGAAGAAGUGUCAGAUGGCGUGAUAGGCUGCGAAGGGAGCAAUGAAGAGAUGAGACCAUGCACGUCGAAACUGUACUCCUGCAAGGCGUGGUAUUCUCAUCAAAUCAUAGAUGUGCAAUGUACUAGCCACUACGCUUCGCCCUCAAUCCGAGUACCCUUCUGACCCUGGUACCCAU